AAAUUGCACGCGCCAAGUCGCCUUUCGGGUUUAUGGGUAGGUAAGCACGCCAGCUGUGACAAAUACAGCGUCAAAAUACUGGCCGAAAAGUGUAGGCAACGACGAGAAUACCAUUGUAAAAAAAAAAAAAAAAAGCAUCAUAUCAAGGUAUACUCUGGUGAUGAUGCGAGCAAUUCGAAUUGACUAUAAGUAUCACAAUGGAACGACUUGUAUUGGUCUCGGGGUUUAUCCCAAUCUUCAUCAGCAGCCAACCAACCACACAGAGGCCAAGAUAUAAAUCACCAAAAUAAAAAGAGACCAUAAACAAAAACCCAAGUCCAUCAUGGAGACCGUUCUCAUCGUCGGAUCGACAGGCAACAUUGGCAUCGCGGCUGCCCACGGAGCCCUCCAACCCGGUCGCAAAGUCCUCGCCGUCGUGCGCAGCCAAGCCUCAGCCGAUAAGCUCAUCAAGGCCGUUGGGUCUGCAGACGGCAUCACCACCGUCGUGGCCGACGUCACAUCGGACACGGGCAUCAAGGGUGUUGUGGAUCGGGUGCGUGCCGGAGAGCUGCCGGCUUUCCAGCAUGUUUAUGCAUGCGCUGGUGGUGAAUAUACCCCCACCAAGCUCACAGAGAUCACCACCGAAGCCUUUCGCCGGAACAUGACGGCCGGAUUUGAAGCCAAUUUCUUCGCCUACCGCGACACCAUCGGCUACCUGGUGGCGCAGAACCACCCAGACAGCACCUGGACGCUCUGCACGGGGGCGCAGGGCGACCUGGCCACCUUCCCGCUGCCGGCCAUGACGCAAGGCCCGCUCUUCUCCAUGGCGACGGCGGCCAGCCGCGAGAACGCAGACACCAACGUGCGCUUCGUCGAGGUCUACCUCGCCUUCCUGGUGCAGGUCGACGAGGUGGCGGCCGAGAGGAACGCGGUGCCGUCGUCCGAGUUUGGCAAGGUGUACGCCAAGAUCCUGGAUGAUCGGGCCGUCAGGGGCGCGAGGGUCUGGGUGCAGGAGAGGGGGGAUAUGGAGACGUUGAGGGUCACGAGCAAGUUUUAG